ACUUACUUAUGCUUAACGCCGAACUGUCCAGCACAAUUAUCAAUGCAGCGCGGAAGGGCGACUUGGCGCGUCGUUGGACACCCGGCGAGGCCAGCACGGCUGACGGUAGGUCCUGAUGUCCGGUCCGGUGCUACCUCGCCGAGAAUGGUCAACGUGAUUCCUCCCUUGCCCGCAUCCACUCGAUCUAAGAACACGGAAAAUCUUGCGGCGUCUCCGCCUUUCGCGACAUCCCCAAGGCCCAGUUCUUAAGACUCCGAUGUAAUAGGCUCUCGAAUGCUUCUCUAGUACACCGCGAGUCUUCCGCGACACGACUGCGGGAUCAUUGAAGAUUUGUCGAUCGUAUUCGGUGUUUCAGGCUGCCUCCGAUUGGAAGCGCUGGACGAGCUUUCGUGGCGCAGCUUUGGCAUGUACCCAGUUUAUCUUGUGAGCUUGCGUUAAGGUGCUGACUCUCUAGCUCCCAACAACUCCAAUGCUCGCUCUCCUCAAUUACUGAACCGGGACGCGCUCAUGCUGCCGAUGAACUUGUUUGGCGCCUAUAUCUCUGCUAAUGCACGGACUGGUUAUCGUACAUCUUGUCGUGACUUGCGCUGAGAAACUGAUUUGCUCCAAAAU